AUGUAUUAUUAUUAUUCUUUUACGAUCGAUCGAUCGAUCGAUCUAUCUAUCUAUCUAUCUAUCUAUCUAUCUAUCUAUCCUAGUCUGUUCGUAUCUAUCUAUCCCAGUCUGUUCGUAUCUAUCUAUCUAUCUAUCUAUCUAUCUAUCUAUCUAUCUAUCUAUCUAUCUAUCUAUCUCAGUCUGUUAAUUAUCUAUCUGUCUAUCGCCGUCUGUUCAUAUAUAUCAUUUACAUCUAUCUAUCUAUCUAUCUAUCUAUCUAUCUAUCUAUCUAUCUAUCUCUCGGCGCGUGCACGAAAUCACAAAACAUCGUUACAACAGGGAUCCCUCCUCUCUCUCACUCUCUCUCACUCUCUCUCACUCUCUGUCUCACUUACUAUCACUCUCUGUCUGACUCUCUCUUUCUCACUCUCUGUUUCACUCUCUCUCACUCUCUGUCUCACUCACUAUCACUCUCUGUCUCACUCUCUCUUUCUCACUCUCUGUUUCACUCUCUCUCACUCUGUCUCACUCUCUCUCUCUCACUCUCUCUCUCACUCUGACUCUCAAUCUCUCUCUCAGUCUCUCAGUCUCUCUCUCUCUCACUCACUCUCUCUCUCUCACUUUCUCUCUCUCACUCUCUCUCACUCUCUCACUCUCUUUCUCAUUCUCUCUUUCUCGAUCUCUGUCUCACUCUGUCUCUCUCUCACUCUCUCUCUCACUCUCUCUCUCUCUCACUCACUCUCUUUCUCACUCACUAUCUCUCUCACUCUCUCUCUCUCAAUCUCUAUUAUUCAAUAA